GCAGCAGCCACGUCGGAUCCCCCUCCGGUGCUGUUACACGCACUCCCGGGGGUUGUUCAUGUAGCAAUCAGACAGCCAAAAGUACGGGCUAAAUCUACAAGCUUCCGGAUCCGUCAAGCCCAGCGAGACCGUCGUAGAAUCCGAUUCUCUGCCCCAUGUCCAUCUGCAGACGAGGCCGCGAUGGUGACAAUCGUCAGAAAUCCUUCCACACUAGCCCCCAGUGUCGGGGUCCGCAUGCUCAUUGGCCCUAUUUUGACCGCCAUUCGCAUGACGGCAGAGUCUAGACUGCCUCCUGCCUUGUUGCAUGCACACAAUGGCCUUAUCGCCUCCAGGGGUCGGUCGAGAAAUAGGCUCUGCGCCAUAGUCCCCGACAUGGGAAUGCCGUACGCCGUACGCCGUAGACCCCGUCAGCCUAGGAUUCCAUCCCCAGCUCCCAUACGGGUAUUGCUGGACGAUCUCCAUCCUCGCCAGGAGGAACCCGCAUUUGGAAGUCUCUCGCCGCACUGGCGCCUCAGGCACCCACCCCCUUUUCCAACGGUCGCACGUUUCCAGUUCUUCAUGUCACCCCCGGUCGAUCUACGGGUCCUCCGUUUGAACCAUACCUCCCACCUACUGACUAGCAUUGUUGGCCCGGGGAUGGCUGGUCAAUAGUUCUACGCCAGAGUCAAUGCCGGCAAGUGGUCUCCGCAGACCCUACGAAUACGAUGCAUGGUGCAUGCACUCCGGA